AUGAAUAUCGCAGACAACCGAGUCGUCGCCGCCGUGCGAAUCGAGCCCAUAAAAGAUGGAAAAGUAUCACCUGUGAAGAAUCAGAGAAAUUGUGGUGCUUGCUGGGCCUUUAGUGUUGUGGGUGCCCGACCCCCGGGACUAAACUACACAUGGGUGGAGGAUGACUCCAGCUUCGACUGCGUUACCCCCAUCGCUUACUGGUCCGAGCCAUACAAUGUGGGCGUUUUUAUCGGGAAAAACUUAGUUGCCACCUCGGAGAACCCGCUCGAGACGAACUUCAGACGUCCCGACUACCUCCAAAUCUACGUGCCGGACGGCUCGCACGACAAAUCAAAGGAGUACUAUGUAGCUCACAACCUCGGCGAUAUAUGGGGCAAAUCCUAUUUCUGGGUUUACUGGGGCUCCCGACGCUAUGCGGACAAUCCCGUUCAUGACGUCAUGUUUUUGCACAUCAACAUAGAUGUUGCACCUACCGUCAGCGCCAGCGGACGACGUCCGUACUACCUCCCAGUUGCAAAAAAAUACGAGAUAGAAGAGCCCAGCGGCUGGAAGACUGCGGCAUUUGCAUUGGUUGACAAGAGUCACGUCAACAGCAGCACUAGAUUGGUUCCGGUCUACUACGAUGAACCUGUUUUGGUUGACUGCGAGGAAUGGUUCCCCAGAUUUUGGGGCUACUUCAUAUGCAUUAUGAAUCUCGACAACUAUCCCGUGAUCCAAUCCGGUGCGCCGUUGAUACAGAAUAAUCGUCUUUUUGGAAUCGCCUCGUUCAGUAUGAGAAAAGGAAAGGAGAGCAUAUAUGCGUUCACUGACUUAAGGCCGUACAAUGACAUAAUUGCUGGUGUGUUCAAAAUGAUACAG